UGGACUGAAAUACGCCAUCUUUGUCACAUGUUCAUUUUUCCAUCUCACAUGACCUGUUGUUUGGCCCCGUGAUCAAGCUUGCUUUAUUUCCUGGCAAAUUCAAACAUCCACCAAAAAGCCACAUGGAUAUGUUAGAUCAGGCACUCGAAUCAAGAUUGGUGCAUUGUGAUAACUUGCAGAGCUUCAGACCGAUUCAUGAUAAAGGAGCUGACUCCCCCAACUCGGAUGACCAAGUACAGUUGUCAGGGGAAACAACAGAAGAACAGGCGGCAGCUAUUGCCAGUGUGGCAGCCAAUCAGGGCACUCUGACCCUUGACCCCAAUGUACAGUAUCAGUUCCGCGCCGACAACACCCAAGAUCUGAAUCUUGCAGGUCAGGUGACGUACCGGGUGGUGCAGGUAUCGCAGGAUGGGCAGGAGGCCACAGCGCAGGUCGUCACAACUUCAGCAUUUCCAUCAUCACAGGUGGCACAGACUGUGAUACAGAGCCCCUUCAAUGGAGGGAGCCCAACACCAGACAAUCAGGAGGCAAGGUUUGCGUACUUCGCAGGAUCAGGCGAACCCGUGAAUGCAGUCAGCACUCAAGGGGAUGCUGUUGCCGGGGCAACCGCUAUUGGACCAGUCUCGGCAGCUGGAGCAGCAGGCCAGUUCUACGUGAUGAUGUCCCCUCAGGAUGUACUUCAGGGACAGAGGAACAUCGCCCCCAGGACGACCUUCAGCCCCAAGAUGGAGGGCCGGUCAACGCGGGAUGACCGGCGGAGAGCCACUCAUAAUGAGGUUGAGCGGCGUCGGCGGGACAAGAUUAACAACUGGAUCGUUCAGCUGUCGAAGCAAGUCCCUGACUGUGCCCAGGAGCACACCAAGUCAGGUCAAGUGUCAGCAAGUAGCAAGGGUGGGAUCCUAGCCAAAGCAUGUGAUUAUAUUCAGGAGCUCCGCACAGCCAACCAGAGAAUGGCUGAGAGUUUAAAAGAAACUGAAAGAAUAUCCAUAGAUAAUGAACUGCUUCGCCAACAGUGUGAGGAGCUUAAACAGGAAAAUCAUUUAUUACGUACACAGCUUCAGCAGCAUGGGAUUGUUCCCCAAGACCUGGCCGGGAACCCGACAUAGUGCAGCAGUCCCUGUGCUUGUUAAUUCUUGUUGUUCAUGGUGGUCCAAAACUGUACAAACUUCGGUGGUGAUGUGAUUCAUCAGCUGUGUGUGUAUAUAACUGAUCGACAAUUGGACAGAAAAUUGACUGCGUGGAACAGACAAACAGAAAUCAGAUGUGUUUUUCUGAAUCUUAAUUUGGGGAAAUCCAUCUCGUAUAUUUAUUUUUGUGGUUUUAGAAAUGGAAUAUCAAGUGUAGUGUCAAUGAUGUUCAAUCAAGGGAUGACCUAUGUGCUAUGACAAGGGUUGGAAAAGUGAAUAUGCAAUACCGGAUUUGCUCGUUCAUUGGAUCACGUGAUAAAGGACACGCUUAAGGACAAAAUGGCGCUGGCAAAGUCAUCGUUGAGUGGCCCACAUGUUAAAUGUACCCACAGUUCCUUCUAUCAAAGCGACGUCUCGAUAUGUAUAUAAAGUCUACAUCAACCGAUAACCAGCUUGUUACUCACUGAAAAUGGGUGUCAAUGGUGUGCAGAAAAGCCGUCUGCUGCAGAAGAGAUGCCAUUUUGUUGAGCGUGUCCUGUGUUUCGUGAUCAACAAGUUACAAUCAGAGAUCUCGCGGACCAGAAAGUGGACUAGGCCCAAAGGGUCUGACAUACAACUUAACUUCAUCCCUGGAUGGACUAGACAUUACUUCAUCUCUGGAUGGACUAGACAUUACUUCAUCGGAUGUUUAAUUUGUUAUUUGCACAGUAAUAUUCAGUACCUUCCCUGGGGAUUAGUGUUGAUUUCAUUGAGAUGAAUAUUUAUUGGUUGUAUUUACAUCAUUGUACCUGGAGUUAACUUUACAUGCUUUAUUCCUCUCUGUGUAUGACAGCAACACUGCUGGAAGCGUUCUUAAAAUCUCUUUGACACACCACAAGGAACCAACUGUUUAAUAUUCUGGAGGAGCACAGGAAAGUAUGGGUUGAGGCAGGGUGACGGGGAGACUUGAUUGAAUGGAGCCUGACAAGCUUUUUCGUUUCAGAAGCCUUUUGGUCUUUUUUUUUUUUAAAUCCAGCAUGUCAGGCAGACAAGUAUUUUUAGGUGUAAACUUUGAGGCAGUGAUCUGGUGGAAAGCCUUCAAGUGAAGAGGUUGCUAAAAUUAAACAAGACUGUCAAAUCUGGUCUCAGUUUUCUGUUCUUGUCCUGCACAUUCUGAAUCGUGCAGAGCAAGAAUGCAGUACGGGGCUCGAUUAGCUGUAUAAAAAAUUCACCACUGUCACCAGUGCAA